AGGCGUGAAAUCACUCAGCAGGAGGAAGUCUAUUAUUGUGAGGAGCAUGAGUGGAUCAGAGAAAUGAAGGAGAGAGGCGAAAAGGGGCCAUGUCGGCUAACUAAAGAAAGAAUGGAAAGUAUGAUCAUUGGGGAGGAGGACCUCCUUUGAGCAGGAAAAGGGAUAUAUCAUCGAUAUGCUGAAGGAAGAACAUCUCGCCUAUGCCUUUGAUGAUGAUAAGCGAGGAAGGCUGGAUGUUGACAAAAUCCCCAUGAUCAGAGUUCAUACUGUACCACAUAGGCCAUGGAAUGUAAGAGGGCCACGUUAUCCGGAUCCGGAAGAUCACCGUAAAGUGGUCGCGUAUCUCAAUGGAAAGAUCGGGACAAAGGUUGCAGAUUAUUCUUACGAGCCUUAUGCAUCUCCAUGGUUCUGUUUCAUCAAACCGAAUGGUACUCUACGGUUUGCCGCCAAGGUGGAGCACUUGCAGAAGCUUGUACGCAAAGGCCAAGAGUCGGAAUGGGGUCCGGAGCAGCAAGCAACCGUGGAGGACAUAAAGACUAAGUUCCGUGAGGGCGGCUUGAUCCUUGGAGUUCCUUUCUUCGACGAUGAUAAAGACUGUCCUUUUGUUAUUGAGACUGAUGCGGGUCCCACAGCCCUAGGAGGGGUCUUGAUUCAGAAGGAUGUUGAGGGGCAGGAAAAACCUCUCAGAUAUGAGAGCAGGACUCUGAAUGGUGCUGAGAGGAACUAUUCCCAAUUUAAAAAGGAAACUUUGGCUGUGCUUCAUUGUCUCCGAGUCUUUCGGAACUAUGUGUUCGGUAGACGCUUCAUCCUACGGGUGGAUCCGACUACUUUGGCUCAAUCCUUAAGGAAUUACUCACCUUCUGAUCCCACCAUUGCGCGAUGGUUGACUUAUAUUUGGAUGUUUGACUUUGAAAUUGAGCGGAUAUCGGGAAGUCAAAAUCGCGCAGAUGGGUUGAGUCGGGUUGAAUGGGAUCCGGAGUUGGAUCAGGCAGAAGGAUUAGUUCCGGUCGAUGCGUUUCUGAAGGAAGAAGAGUCGCAAUUGAGUAUGAACUCUUUUACCUACUUAACUGAUGCGACCACUCGACAUGGGAGAUCGAUAUGGAAUGCUCCUACCUUUUACGAGGUACGUUCAAAGCUCAUGAUGGAGGAGCCUUUCAUCGAGGAGGACCCAUGGGGCGAGCAGACCUCUGAAGAGAUGAUGAGGCUGGCCUUGACCAAUGCCAUCAACCUUGUGCUUGAUCCGCUAACGAUUGAAUAGGGGCAUAGGCAAGUUGAUAACACUUUCCAGACCGUUGGAAUGAUGUCAUUCAUCAUAUACUUGUUAGUUCAUGAGGAUCGCCUGAGGUUAAUGAAUGUAGAGGAAGGAG